GGGAAAGUACACAUUCUCACGGUGCUGCAUUGACCCGAAAACAACAAGACAGACAGCUACACAUUUCUACCAAGAACGGCCCAUGUCACUUUCAUAGAACCAAGACCUUGCGUUACAACAAUGGAGAAACCUCCCUUCAGGCAGAACCAGAACUGCGGAGACUGGGAGCUGAAAGAGAGGCUGGGCAUGGGCGGGUUUGCUCAUGUUUACCUCUAUCAACAUCAUGAAACAAAUGAGAAACUAGCUGUGAAAAUGUGCCGUCUGGAACUCACACCAAGAAAUAAGGACAGAUGGAGCAGAGAAAUCCAGAUCAUGAAAAAGUUGAAUCACAUUAAUGUCGUGACAGCCCGAGAGGUCCCUGAUGAAAUAGAGCACAUAGCCCUGAACGACCUUCCAUUGUUGGCCAUGGAGUACUGCUCAAGGGGAGACCUAAGGAAGAUGCUGAGCAAACCUGAAAACUGCUGCGGUCUGAAGGAGAGUGAAGUGCUCUCAUUACUCAAUGAUGUUGGAUCCGGUAUCCAGUAUCUGCACGAAAACAAGAUCAUACACAGAGACCUUAAACCUGAAAAUAUAGUGCUUCAAGAUAUCAACGGGAAGUUGGUUCAUAAAAUCAUUGACCUGGGCUACGCUAAAGACCUGGACCAGGGCAGUCUGUGCACCUCCUUUGUUGGCACGCUGCAGUAUCUGGCGCCUGAGCUCUUUGAAAAUAAACCAUACACCGUCACUGUGGACUACUGGAGCUUUGGCACCAUGAUUUUUGAAUGCAGUUGUGGUUUUCGUCCUUUUCUGCACAACCUUCAGCCUGUGCAAUGGGCCAGCAAAGUGAGGAAUAAAGGUCCAAAAGACAUCAUGGCAGUGGAGGACCUGAAUGGAGAAGUCAAAUUUUCCACACACCUCCCCUACCCAAACAACCUCAGCAGGACUCUGUUGGAGCCGAUGGAGGCUCUGCUGCAGCUGAUGUUGAAGUGGGAUCCGGUGCAGAGAGGAGGAAAACAGAAUCCUGAUACAAAGAAACCCAUGUGCUUUGAAGUUCUGGAGCAGAUUCUGAGUAUGAAGGUGGUCCACAUCCUGAACAUGACCACGGCUCAGGUCCACUCCUUUCAGCUGACACCCGACGAAAGUCUCCACAGUCUGCAGAAACGCAUCGAGGCUGAGACAAAGAUCGAGGUGGUGAAUCAGGAGCUGCUGCAGGAGACGGGAGUGUCUCUGGAUCCUAGGAAGGCCGCAGCACAGUGUGUCCUCGAUGGAGUGAGAGGCUGGGACAGCUACAUCGUCUACCUGUUUGACAAAAGCAUCACAAAGUACUCCGGGCCGUUCAGCGCCAGACAACUGCCAGAUAAAGUCAACACUAUUGUCCAAGAAGCAAAGACUCAGCUCCCCCUGGUUGUGUUGAAGAAAGUUUGGGGUGAAGCAGUGAGCUACAUCUGCGGCCUGAAGGAGGACUACAGCAGGCUUUUUCAAGGACAGAGGGCUGCUAUGUUGAGUCUCCUGCGCUACAACACCAACCUGACCAGGUGUAAGAACAGCAUGUUCGGCUUCUCUCAGCAGCUGAAGGCGAAGCUGGACUUCUUCAGGAGCAGCAUCCAGUACGACCUGGAGAAGUACAGCGAUCAGAUGCACUACGGCAUAUCCUCAGAGAAGAUGCUGAAAGCCUGGCAGGAGAACGAGGAGCGGGCUGCUGCUUUUGCACAGGUGGCAGAGGUGAGCCAUCUGGAUGAUGAGAUCAUGGCUCUGCACUCAGAGAUCGUGGAGCUUCAGAGGAGUCCGUACGCUCGGCGCCAAGGAGACAAAAUGGAACAGCUAGAAGAAAAGGCAAUUGAGCUUUAUAAGCAGAUGAAGAUGAAAUGCAAAACACCAGAGACAGACAUGAGCAGUGACAGCUCUGAGAUGGUGAAGGCGAUCAUUCAGACCGUCCAGAACCAAGACAAGGUGCUCAGAGACCUCUACACGCACCUCAGUAAAAUCCUGAUCAGCAAACAAAAGAUCAUCGACUUGUUUCCUCGCAUUGAGAAAACUCUGGAAAGCAUCAAAGAUGCCGACAACACGGUGAUGCAGAUGCAGGUCAAGAGGCAGAGAGAGUUCUGGCAUCUACUCAAGAUCGCCUGUGCUCAAAACUCAUCAAGGAACUCGAUAGCAGCGAGUCCCGAGUCAUCCAACCUGCUGCACGUCUCUCAGUGGUCACAGUCAGCACAACCAGUCAGCUCGCCACAUCCACUCACAUCCCUACCUGGGCCGAACGACAGUGAUGCUGCACCACGUCUGCUGCAGGAGAACCAGAAGUACCUCAGUCAGCUGACCAGCCUGAUGCAGGAGGCGGCAGACGAACAGAACAAGAGCAUAGUGGACCAAGACUGGAGCUGGACAAAAUAUGAAACUUUAACAACAAAAUUAAAAAAGAGAAAUGCGUAAAGCAGGCCGUGUCCUCCAUCCCUGCCUGUGCUCCGAGUAACACUAAAGACUGUGAGAUGUUGAAACUCUGCAGAGCGACGUCAGACAUUGUACAGUUGUACAUGGACUCGAGAUAUUCGAUCAAGCGAUCGAGAUAUAACUCCUGAUCUACGGAACAAAUAAAAGAAAAAGAUGAGGCUCGCACAUGCUCAGUUGUGUACACUCCUGUCGUCUAACAUGGUGGAAAUAUUCUUAUUUAAAUGAGAAAACAUGAAGCCGUGUCACUCCAUGUUUUUCCUUCCUGCUGUGUCAUUAUUCAUCACAUUUACUUAUCAAAACAGAGCAAACUGUAGCACCAGAUUUUAAGGUUUGAGGAUGAUUUAUGACAUCGGAGAGUAUCGGACAGAAACAUGGGAGCUUGUUUUAACUUGUGACAUUAAAGGAAAACACAGGAUGUGGUCGGGGUGGGGGCAGGGGGGUCAAGGAGGAAAUUACAAUCAAGCAAACAGCACUUUGAUACUCCCAUGUAUCCUCUGAAAACGUUCCAGGCUGCCAAAACUGUCGCAGGAUUUACAGACGAGACAAAAACUGUUAUUUUCACACAUGAUCAGUUCAUAUAUGUCGAUAUAUUUAAAGUCUGGGGUUUGAUUCUGUGUAAAUGUUGUAAUGAUUUCAGUUUUUUCUAAAUAAAGUGUUAUAAAUCACAGGCAGAGAGCUCUUUUGUUAUGUGUGACAGAUGUGGCUGGCCAUCAUGUUAAUAUAAAGUCUGUAAUGUACUUUUUACAUGUCUACAGAGGGGUUUGUUUUGUUUAGGUGAGCAGAAUGUUUCACAGGUUCAUCUGCUGCAUUCAUGUCAUAUGGGCCCAUCCCCCUAAGCUCUCUCUGACAGAUAUUUAACAAGCUGCCCAAGGUAUCGUUGAUCAUAAAAGUUUUUUUUUAACUGCAACUUUUGGCUGCAGUUAGCACCGAUGUCUGAUUGUAAAAGAACAGAAAUACUGAGUUGAAACGAUGACACCCUGAGCUAACUUUACAAAGCUGUAGUUGCCCUUAUCAUUAGCGAUGCUAAUAGCAUUUAACCGCAUUGCUACCUCUGUUUACUAAUCUACAGCCACUCAGCUUUAGGCUUCUUUUCACUCAAAAGGGGUACAAAGUCAGGACAGAACGUGUUGUGAUGUAGGAAUGCUCUUUUCAAUUAUGUAGUGGUAAGAAAUGUGAUUUACGCGCGGUGUUGGAGGGGUAAUUUAUCCUAAGGGCCGAGUUGUGCCAUGAAGAUCAAGCUGAAGGCCGGAACAUCCACAAGUUUUCCUAAAACAAGUUAUUGUAGAUGUUGUUAUUGCUUUGAUUGCUGUUAUUUUAUCAUUACAAUGUGCUGGAAGAUGGUGUGGUAUUUAAACGUUCUCAACUCCUGUAUAAAGUUCACACAAGAAAUGAGAAUUGAAUCAAAAAACUGGUGCAGAAGUUGUUCAAAACUAAAAUAAAGUGGGAAAACAUCACAAUCAUAUGAUUUAACUCUAGCAUAAUAAGUUAAAAUUAUGACUAGACUGUGUGGGCAGGAUAUUAAGUACAGGUGGGCCGGAGCUGGUCCACAGGUCAUCAACUCAGGAUCACUGUCAAAUAAAGUAAAAAAAACGGAAAAAAAAAAAAAAAGGCAAUGAUAAAUUGUUGUAAACCGUAAACUGGUAAACAGUUGUAGACAAACAAAGCACAGAGUUGAGAGUCCUCAACGACUGGUCACAGGUUAUUAUCCUGAUCCUGGUGCUCUUUCUCCCUGUGUUUCCUGUCAAUCUCAGCAAUCCUGUCUAGUAACAGUGAAAACCGAAAGGAUAAUCCUCAGUAAAGAUUGUCCCCAAGGUCGCAAUUAAUACCAUGUUUUCACCCCAAACUGUAAAAAUAUAUUGAUUUAUUCUCAUUGCACAUGUAAGUUAAAUUUGCACAAAUACUUCCAUGCCUGUAAAGCCUUAAAAUGAUUUCCACUUUAAGAAUUUUUGCUUUUAAAACCCCAAAUUACGAGUUUGAAUAAAAGCUUGUGGGUGGAAAUGGCCUAAAUCAGGGGUGUCAAACUCAAGGCCCAGGGCCAAAUCCGGCCUGCAAGAUCAUAUCAUAUUUCUAUUGUAAUUGGCUCGCUGGUAUGAGGUCUGCAGAUUUACUGCAGUAUAAACAUGUGAUAUUACCCUUUAAGGGGGGAAAAGUAAAGAGUAAAAAUAUCUACAUAAAAAGUCAGGAAUAUGGAAAAGAAAUCAAUUUAAAUUCAUUUCAUAUUUUCAAUUUUGUAUCUCACAAUCAAAUUUAU